CAAGUUCGCAACAAGUAUUUCGUUUUGUAAAGCAGAAGUUCUCAGCAAAAUCAAGCGAGAACCGAGAAGAGUGAUAAGAGGAAAAUUUCUUGAGCUGUUUCAAGAAUGUCUCGGAGGUAUGAUAGUCGCACCACGAUCUUCUCACCGGAAGGUCGUCUCUACCAAGUUGAGUAUGCUAUGGAAGCCAUUGGCAACGCCGGCUCUGCAAUCGGAAUCUUGGCCAAAGACGGAGUUGUGUUGAUCGGCGAGAAGAAAGUCACCUCAAAACUUCUUCAAACCUCUACAUCCACUGAGAAAAUGUACAAGAUCGAUGACCAUGUGGCCUGUGCAGUGGCUGGUAUAAUGUCUGAUGCCAACAUUCUGAUCAACACCGCUCGUGUCCAAGCUCAGCGUUACACUUUCAUGUACCAAGAGCCAAUGCCGGUCGAGCAGCUGGUUCAGUCUCUAUGUGACACAAAACAAGGGUAUACACAGUUUGGUGGUCUACGUCCGUUUGGUGUUUCUUUUCUCUUUGCAGGUUGGGACAAGAACCACGGGUUUCAACUGUAUAUGAGUGACCCGAGUGGGAACUACGGUGGAUGGAAAGCUGCAGCUGUUGGAGCUAAUAAUCAAGCGGCUCAGUCUAUUCUUAAGCAAGACUAUAAGGAUGAUGCGUCGAGGGAAGAGGUUGUUCAGCUCGCUCUCAAGGUUUUGAGCAAGACUAUGGACAGUACUAGCUUGACAUCUGAGAAGCUCGAGCUUGCUGAGGUGUUUCUGACUCCAUCAGGGAAUGUUAAGUACCAUGUCCACUCGCCUGAGUCGCUCACUAAGCUUUUGGUCAAGCAUGGUGUGACACAACCAGCUGCAGAAACUUCCUAGGCUUGAAACAGGUUUGUGUCUUGAGACAUGUGUUGUAGCUCACCAUCUGCUUUCUUUUCCUUUGGAUUUGAAGAUAUCGUCUCAGAAUCAGUGACCACUCUGGUUUAUGUCAUGAUACAUAUGACUGACGAUCUUUAUGCGUUAAAUGUUUAUUUAUAUGUUGUUAUGAAUCGAAUCUGAGAACUUUUAAUUCUGCAAUCUUGUUU